CGGGGUUUACCGAUUGCUGCGUCUAUUUCCCAUUGAUAACUUUUGUUAAAUGACAGGUUGAACAUGUAACAGUUCUAAUGUGUUAGCAACACGUCAGCUAAACAGAUAAUAAAACACAUCUAGCCGCCCUGAACAUCGAGAUGAUGACGUGGAUUGCUCUGCUGUUGGUCGGGUGGGCGCUUAAAUCCUCUGAAGCUGCCAGCCCCACCCUUGAAGAUAUAGCAGCUAUUGAGUGUCCAUCAGAGCGGCCCAACAUCUGCCUCCCCUAUGGCCUGUGCUGUAAGGACGAUGCUUUCUGUCAUGCCGGCCAGUGUGAAGAUUGUUUCCCUGCUGGGGUUAAUGACCUCUUGACCUGGUGCAGGACACACGGCAUCCACAACGUGUCCGUCAUGCGGAGUCCAUUGUGUCGUCUGGCGUGUCAGGCUCGCUAUGACGUCACAGAGCUGGUCGCUAGUCCAGAUUCAAAGAAAUCCGACGUAGCGCUGUAUUGUAUGAUAGCAGUUGCCAUCUUUUUUGUCCUGUAUUCUCUGGGCGUGUCUGUCCUGGGUCUCAAAAUGUACAGGAGAGAGAGGAACAAAAUCUACGCGCCAGUUGACCAGGGGUGGGGUGAACAGGAUAAGAAUGCCAGCAAAAAGAACAAAAAGGACUCGAUAGUUGAUGUCCAUUUACAGGAUGAUACACAUCUAGCUGCAGACGACAGCAUCGGAUCCACAACUCUUAGACUUUUUACCACCAACCCUCAAAAAGAUCAAACCACUGACAAUGACAUUGAUGUCAACAACGGAUCUCAAAUAAUGGAGACUGAAAUAUAAUUCUAUGUAUCAUCAAAACGUCAAGAACGAAGAUUGAAGCUGAUCACACACAAGUGCAUUCCAUUGUGUCUUAGAAAAUUCCCUAACUUUUUAGGGAAAAUCCGAACCAGAUAGGGCCUACACACACACAUAUAUAUAUAGUAACAUAUGUGUGUGAUUAUAGUCAACAUAUGAACGAGUUAUCUAGGUGGAUCAUAAAGCAAUCCAUUCAAAGUAGUGUAAUUGUUAUAAUUGUGAUCAAUGCACUUUAUUUAUUCAAGUGUGUAAACUUAAUAUAUGAACAAUAAAUACACAAUAAAUUGCAAAUAGUUUGACAUAAUCGAGCUUCUUUUAUACAUAUUCGUGUCAAAAACCUACAAUAAAAAAUAAAUCUCAAACGUGCCUGUUGUAUAUGUGUAUAUAACUUUACUAAUUUAUUUAUUUUAUAUUGUUCUGAUAUGUAUUGUAACAGUAGCGUAGUAAUUUUGAAAGAUUUAAAAAAAUGUUACUGUACAAGUUAAACUGUUAAUUAAAAAU